GAAAAAGGAAAAAAGCAACCCUCGGCAAAGAAUAGAUAGAAAAUAUAGAAAUCAAUAACGAUCGAUAGGAUCUGGAAGAAGACAGAGUGGCUCCUAUCCUAUGGCAUCAUCAUCAACAUCAAGCAGAAAAAGAAUGGCAGGUGAUGGUUUAACUAACGAUUGCUGGGAAUUGGUGAUAUCUAAACUCGAGAUUGAUAACGUGGAGGAGAGUAAUCAUUGUUUAGAGACACUAUCCAUGGUAUCAAAACAACUACUAUCCAUCAGCAGCACUUUUGUGAAUUCCAUUAAAUUAAUCUCAAAUCCAUCAUCAUCACCCAUCUCUCGCCUCUUCCACAGGUUCACAAACCUCACCUCCCUCGAUCUCUCGGCCUUCCGCGGCGGUGACAUCAACGCACUACUUUCUCGAAUCCCUCCCAGUUCUGUUUCCCGUCUCACAUCCCUCAACCUCUCUAACCACCAAACCUUCCCCAUAUUAGGGUUACGAUCUAUUCUCAACAAAAACCCUAAUUUCAGAUUGACCUCUCUUAUUUGUUCCAAUAUUACUUUUCUCAAAUUUACUGAUAUAACCUUCAUCGCAGAUUCCUUUCCGUUUCUCCAACAUUUGGAUCUCAGUUUCCCUGGAGGAAGCGAAGGAAUAUCAAUGUCGGUCGUUGACGGCGAUUAUAACAAUGCCAUGAAUCUUCUCCCUCAAAAGCUUAAACUUCUUGGCAGUGUUAAUCUAUCUGGUAAUUUCUACAUUAAUAAUUCAUCGUUUCUUCAACUAUGUAUCAACUGUGAGUUUCUCCAAGAGGUGCUUAUAUCACGAUGCCCUUUCAUAACACAUGCUGGUAUUGCCGAAGCAAUCCACCACAGACCCACUUUGAAUUCUAUCUCUGUUACCAACUUUAAGGAAGGACUUGAACUUGAAAACGUUGACUCCUACUUCAUUGAUUCACUCACCAGUUUGAAGCGCUUAACUUGUCUUGAUUUCUCCUUUUCCUGCAUUACUGAUUUGAUGCUUAAGGCUAUAGCACUCGAAGCCCUUCCUUUGACCAAACUUGUCCUCCAAGAUUCUUACAACUAUACCUAUUCCGGUAUCUCUCAUCUCUUGUCCAAGUGUCCAUCUCUGCAGCAUCUAGAUCUUCAACGUGCAAACUUUUUGAAUGAUAAGCUUUUCAACCAGCUCUGUGCAUUCCUUCCAGUUUUGGUGUCUAUUAAUGUCAGCGGCUGUGAGAAGCUCACCAAUUCAUCCUUCUUUGCACUCCUUACCAACUGUCCUUUGCUCUCAGAGAUCAGAAUGGAGUCAACAGAUAUUGGACUCGGUCCAACACCGUCCAUGGUGGAUUUGCUUGUAUACCCUCAAGUCAAGUCCCUCCAUUUGGCUUACAAUUCACAUUUGCAAGACCAUCACAUCAACAACUUUGGUUUCAUGUUUCCUAAUAUGCAACUUAUUGAUUUGAGCUUUUGCCAUCACAUAUUUCAACAUCGUAUUGCUGCACUGUUAAAGAGAUGUCCUAAGAUCAGACAUUUGAAGUUUGCCUGCUUCCCACACGCUAAGCUAUGUUCCAUCAACUUUGAAGCUUCCAAUCUGGAGGUGCUGAACUUGUUGCACUCGAGAAUUGAUGAUGAAGGACUGUAUCAGAUCUCAAAGAGUUGCCCUCAGCUUUUGCAACUAGACCUAGAACAUUGUCACAAUGUCACAGAGAAGGGAGUGCAGCUGGCCGUAGAGAACUGCACACACCUCAGAGAGAUUAAUUUGCAACAUUGUCAUAAAGUGUCUACUGAUAUUGUUUCCUGGAUGAUAUUUACUAGGCCAUCAUUGAGAAAAAUAAUUGCUCCCCCUCAUUUUCAUCCCCGCGACUGUGAUAGGAAACUCCUCUUUGAGCGAUGUCUUGUUUUCUAGUAUUCUUGUCAUUUUCAACACAUUGUUUGGUCUCAACACAAAUCUAUGGAUGACAAUCUCAGCAUUCAGAAUAAUUUGACUUGCUAGAGCCGGAUAGACAGGUCUUGUACCUACUUAUGGUUUGAACAUGAAUGUGCUUCAGGGAUCUUCUUCUUUGAAAAUAAGGAAGCAAGAGGUACCACUAAGGGAUCUUCUUCUUUGAAAAUAAGGAAGCAAGAGGUACCGCUAAACUAUUCACUCGCAGCAUAUAUGUAUCAAUUUCAUUUCCCAAGGUUAGAUAAAUGUAGUGACCCUUUUUCAAAAAAAAGAUAAAUGUAGUGACCAAGUUUGCUGUCCAUUAUGCAUUCUUCCUUUUGGCAUGAGAAGCUCCUUGUUCUACUCAGUGGUUCUUUUUAUUUUAUUUUUUAAGUUCCACUUACCACAUCUCCAUUACACUUAACUAAUUAAUUAAUUGAUUCAAUUAAUUAACAUUUGUUCUACUAUCAACUUAAAUAAUCUAUUUUGUUUCAAAAAAAAAAAACUUAAAUAAUAUAUCUAUUUAUUUUAUUAUGGAAUGUUAUAGCAUGAAGCUUACUAAGUUUUCUCUGAAUUUCCUUAAUUUUGCUGGGAAUAUUACCAAAAGUUUUAUGCACCCCAACUGUGAAGUUUAUCCAGGAAGAGUUGGACUUUCUGAUGGGCUUCUAGGCUGUUGUGAUUAGCCCAAGCUUCUUUGACCAGCCUGCCACACAUCAUUUUUUUUAAGCCAGAUUUGUUCAAAUCUUUUAAGUUUGGCUUUUUUUCAGUUUGUUAGGAAAAGUAGAAAAAAAAAUCACGCAUAAUAGGCUAUUGAUCAGAGGCAUAUCUAUUGAGAUGAUUAACAUAGUUAUUGGGGAACAUAUUAUUCCAUUCAUUAGUGCUAAGAAAUAUAUCAAGUUUAGUUUUAAUGUGAAAGUGGUCAGAUUUGGCUAUUUGUUCAAGUAAAAGGGUCUCCAUUAUAACCUAAAUCAAUUAAAUUACGUCUCUGAAUACAAGAUUGAGUCAGGCAGCAAUGUAGCUUAAUAUUAAUUUUUUUAAUAAGGAUAAUUUUGAAAUUUUAAAGUUGAGGAUAAUUUUAGAAAUGUAAUAAAAUUCUAAACAUUGUAUCUCCCCUCCCCUCCAAAUUUGGGUUAUGGGUUACCCAAAUUAUUUUUCUAUUUUUUUUAUUAAAUAUCUAAAUGUUGAAUCAUCAUAUUUUCUCAUAAAAAAUAACUCAAUCAAUGUAUCUUCUUGAAAAAUAGGGUAACUUUUUUCACUAUAAAAAAUAAUCACCCAUUUUUUUUGUGUAAAUAUACUAAUUUACGGGUUGGAUAGCGUGUUAUCCAAAUGAUUUUUUUUUUGUUUUUUUUAAUAUUAAAUGACUAAACCAUGAAUCACUAUAUUUGUUUAUGAAAAUUAUUCAAUUUUUUAAAAUUUUUAAAAAAUAAGGCGAAAAAUUAUCAUAUUUGUUUAUAAAAAUUAUUCAAUCUUUUUUAUUUUCGUAAAAAAUAGUAUAACUCAUUUUCAAUAUAAAAAUAUUUAAUAAUCAAAUGAAAAAAUCUUUAGUAUUUUCAUAAAAAAAUUUCAAGAAACAUAGCACUAGUGGGUUAGUGGGUUUUUUGGGUUGGGUCCGAUUUUACCCAAAACCCGAUUUUUUUAAUCGGUUUUUCAUUUUUGAAAUUCAUAUCCACCCACUUGCCCAACCCAACCCACUUUUUUGGGUUGGAUUGGGUGGGUUUGACUGGGUCGACCGGAUUUGCCCAACCCAUGUACACCCCUAGGUUUAUGGGUCAUUUCACUUAUAUGUUGUUCAAUCUCAACUUUUCCAAUCAAUGUGAUACUUUUUACUCACACUAGAUAGAUCUCAACACUUUGCAUCCUUUGACUAUCAAAGUGCUAUUUGAUGCGUCAUAUUCUGUUUUGUUUCUUCUUUAAUCUCAUUUGUGGCUUGUGGAGAAGUUCAUUACUUGCAAAUAUAGGUUUGAAUGUAUUGUGCACCUUGAAUGGAUUCUUGAUGUAUUUCAAUUUAAUCCUUAAUUUCUUUUAUUUUGUUUAUAAAAAUAGCUAAAACAUGAUUAACUAGGUAUUUGGCCGAAUCUCUUAGUCCAAUACAUUUUAAAAGCCCAUAACCUAGACUAUAAACACUCGUCUUCACUCUUUCUAUGUUACACAUAUUUUACGCAGUGUUGCUUUGUUUCAUUGUCCCUCCGGUUCUUUAUUCAUCAAGAAAAAAUGAAACAUCAUUGUUGUUUCUUGAUCAAACUUUUAUAAAUCAAUGUUGGAUCCUUCAAUCUUUUGCAGCGUAAGAGUUUUCAUCAACAAACUCAAAUAUAAACUCUUUCUUGUUUUUUACGGUAAUUUUUUUGUUUCAUUUUCUUAUUUUUCAAAUUCUUCAUUAUUCAUUCAAUCUUCUGCUUAAAAAAAUGUAGAAUCUUUUACCCUUUUUCUCAUUCUUGAAUAUUCAAGAACAUUUCAAUCUUCUGCUUGAGAAAAAAGUUUGAAUCUUUUACCAUUCUUUCUCAUUCUUGAACAUAUUCAAUCUUCUGCUUGAGAAAAAAGGUAUAAUCUUUUACGCUUUUUUUCUUUCUUGAAUAUUCAAGAACAUUCAAUCUUCUGCCUGAGAAAUAAAAAUAAAAAAACCUUAAAUUGAACAAAUGUGUACUGUGUCGAGACCCUAUUUUCCAUCAAUGUUUUGAAAGACAAUUUUUUCAGAUGCAUAUGUUGCGAUGCUGAUUUUUUUCAUUCUUGAUAAUUGAAGAACAUUCAAUCUUCUGCAUGGAAAAAAACCUUAAUUGAGUAAACAUGUUGUGUCCCAAGACCCUAUAUAUUUUGAAAGACAAUUUUUUUGUUUGCUGCUACCAUAAUGGAAUUUUGCACAUUUUCGGAAUUUUUAUUCCAACAUAUUUGCAUUUUGAACUUUUGAUUCAUAAUGCAAAAGUUGGAUGUUGGCCUUCAAUGCAAUUUUCAUAUGAAAUUGUAAUCAUAUGAUUUAAGGGAUGGUAUCUAAUGUCGCAUAGAUGAAAUAUUUUUAUGACCCUACUGAUGAAAUUACUGCCGAGAUGGAAUAUUUUUAUGACCCUAAUGGUGAAAUUGUCCCUGAGAUGGAAACCCUAAUGGUGAAAUUGUCGCUGAGAUAAAUAUUUUUAUGACCCUAAUGGUGAAAUUGUCCCUGAGACGGAAUAUUUGUAUGACCCUAUUGGUGAAAUUGUCCCUGAGAUGGAAUAUUUUUAUGACCGUAAUGAUGAAUUUGUUGUUUUUUUGACCCUAAUGGUGAAAUUGUCCCUGAGAUGGAAUAUUUUUAUGACCCUAAUGAUGAAUUUGUUGUUUUUAUGACCCUAAUGGUGAAAUUGUCCCUGAGAUGGAAUAUUUUUAUGACCCUAAUGGUGAAAUUGUCGCUGAGAUGAAAUAUUUUUAUGACCCUAAUGGUGAAAUUGUCCCUAAGAUGGAAUAUUUUUAUGACCCUAAUGAUGAAUUUGUUGUUUUUAUGACCCUAAUGGUGAAAUUGUCCCUGAGAUGGAAUAUUUUUAUGACCCUAAUGGUGAAAUUGUCCCUGAGAUGGAAUAUUUUUAUGACCUUAAUGGUGAAAUUGUCGCUGAGAUGGAAUAUUUUUAUGACCCUAAUGUUGAAAUUGUCCCUGAAAUGGAAUAUUUUUAUGACCCUAAUGAUGAAUUUGUUGUUUUUAUGACCCUAAUGGGGAAAUUGUCCCUGAGAUGGAAUAUUUUUAUGACCCUAAUGGUGAAAUUGUCCCUGAGAUGGAAUAUUUUUAUGACCUUAAUGGUGAAAUUGUCGCUGAGAUGGAAUAUUUUUAUGACCCUAAUGGUGAAAUUGUUGCUGAGAUGGAAUAAUUUUUUGACCCUAAUGUUGAAAUUGUCCCUGAAAUCGAAUAUUUUUAUGACCCUAAAAUGGUGAAAUUGUUGCUGAGAGAUGGAGUAUUUUUAUGACCCUAAUGGUGAAAUUGUCUCUGACAUGGAAACCCUAAUGGUGAAAUUGUCGCUGAGAUUAAAUAUUUUUAUGACCCUAAUGGUGAAAUUGUCCCUGAGAUGGAAUAUUUUUAUGACCCUAAUGGUGAAAUUGUCGCCGAGAUGAAAUAUAUUUUUCAUUAUCUAUGAAGGAUGGUGUGGUAUACAUGAGCCCACUCUUUCAACAAUAAGAUAAAUAUACAUGAGCCCAAAAACGUUGGAUGAUGCCUUAAUGCAAAAGCUAGCUAGUUGUUGCCUAAAAUGCAAUUUUAAUAUGAAAUUUUAUUCAUAAUUUAAGGCUUGGAUGGUAUCUAUUUUGUUUUGACGACCUUAGUCCCUAAAUGCAAUUUUGCAAAUGCAAAAUGGAUUGUGACUUGUGUUGGAUUACCCUACUGGCAAGGGUUUCAAAGGAAUUCUCUAAGGAAGGAACAAGUCAAGUGAAGCAAAGUACAAAUAAACCAACUCUUUGGAGUCUGAACUAUUUCUAAUAGUAUCUAUCUGGUAUAUAUUGCAUUAUGCAAACCAACUCUUUGGAUGUUCCAUUGUGAUCAAUGGAGGAAACCAUAAUGAGGUUGCAUCAGUCCAUAUUUUUUGACUGCAAACCUUUUAUGAAAAAUCGAUAAGUGCGGUACAUAGAUUGCAAUUGAUGAACUGAAGCACUUGAUCAUUUAGGCAGUCCCAAGACCCUGCUUGGUACCAAUAUUUUGAAAGAUUAACCUUUUCGUUUGCUACACUGAUUUUAGAACUUUCAUUCCAAUAUGUUAACAUGAUGGGAUACCAGUUUUUUCAUUUUAUAUUAUUCAACAAUAUUCAAUCUUCUGCUUGAAAAAAAUGAGAACCUUUUUUUAUAAAAAAAGAAAAAAAGAACCUUAACUGAGCAAAUAUGUUUGGCACCAAUGUUUUCAAAGACAUUUUUUGUUUUGUUUAUUACGAUAAUGGAGUUUUGCACAUUUUUGGAAUUUUCAUUGCAUCGUAUUUGCCUCGUCUGAUUUAUAGUCGAUAACCUAUUGGGAACAAUGAUGGGUUGCCAAUUUUCUCAUCCUUGAUUACUUUCCUCUGUAGAUACAUAAUAUGUCCUUGUAAGGGCCAACUGGUAUUUGGAGAGAAGAUGCUGAAAGGUACUGUUAUCAAAAUUAUAAAAGUAGCAUGAGAUGAGACCUAGUGAAGAAUGGGAAAGAUAACUUUCUAUCUUCUAACAAUUUAGUUUUCGUUCCUUUUCUCUGCAUAAUGAGGAUUCAGGAUUGUGUGUGACUUGAUUCUCUAUUUGAAAGGACAAACAAGUAUCAUGGCAAACAUGUGAAAUGAUGAGUAAAAGGUAUGUGUGAAUGAUGAACAUGAUUGAUAUUACAUACUUUGGUUUUGUGCAUCAAAGAAUUGGUAUGCCUCAUUAUAAUAAGUAACCGCAAACAAUUGAUAUAUGUGCAUAAAUAAAUAUGAUUAUGAUGGUUGUUGUAUGACCAGACUCUUUUAUAAUGCUUUGAAUGCUUGUUUGUAAACUGUACUUAAUGACAUGUAAGGUUGAUUUUGGAUUUUGAAAGAGGGUUGUAAGGAUUAGCACCUGAUACUUUAAUUGCUUUAUGCUCUGAUAAGACUAAAAAUGAAUCAUUUUCAAGAACGACAAGCGGUUUAGAUCAUCAUAGAAGUUAGUAUAUGGAUAGUUAGUUAACAAAACCAUAGGUGAUAGGUGAUGCUGCAAGAUGGUUUAAAAUUUCAAGACGUGUAAGCCUUCAGAUUUUGUGUCCUUCAGUAUACAAACAUUUUCUGCUCAAAUAAGAUCAUAGUGCUGCUGCAAAUAUAGUUACCUUAAAAUAAACCGAUAAUACUAACUAAAACUAGUAUAUGCAUAUUUGAGGCAUUCAUUAAAAAAACUGUUUAAUAUUUUUUUAUUUUUUAUAUUUCCAUGUAAGGCAUGAAUAUGGUAUCUAUUGUGCUUUCAAUGUAAAAUAUGAAAUGAUUUUGCAAAUGCAAAGUGGAGUGUGCUUGUGUUGGAUUAGCAUACUGAUGUGCUUUCCAGGUAGAGUCAUUCAAAGACGAAAUUUUGAGCGUGGGGGAAAGUUAAUUACGAGAAGUAGAGGGAGUUGAGUUUGUUAUUUAGGACAAGAUAGAGUUUUAGGGGCAUCGUUGAACAAUACGAAUGCUAGCUCUUACCUCAUAUGACAGUUAUAAAGCAUGGGAAUUGAACUGUAAAUAUCUACUUGUAAAUGUGAAUGUAGAGAAUCAAAAUCCAAAAUUUAAAUGCAAAUGUUUGAUAAACAAAAAUUAAAUGCAGUAAUGUACAUGGAUUGGACAGGCUAUCCUUGUUUACUUAAUCAACAACUUUAUGUCCGCUGUUGCUAGUCACCAUUGGUCAUCUUCAGCUUACUGCUACUAACCUUGGCAGUACUGGAAUUCAGCUCUUUCCUUAUUGGCCUAAUGGUAAUGCUAGCUACCAUUAAUUACACAUAUAGCAUGGGAAUUGAACUGUAAAUAUCUAUUUGUAAAUGUGUUAAGUACUAAGUGCUAAAUUUAAUCUGAUUAAUCUUUUUUGUUUUACUUAUUAUGAAAAUCGGAUAAUACGAUGGUUUGUGAUCGACGGAUAAAAUUUGGCGGAUGUUGGUAUAUCAAUCAGAUAGGACUAGAUUGGUGCUGAUAAUCGUAAAUGCAAGUCUUGGAUUAAGUUACUGAACAUGAUCUCUUAUAAUUAAGUGGGUACAAAAAGUGCAAUUGAUGAAUUGAUUAUGUAGGUGGUGCAGCAUAUAAACUUGUUAUGAUGACCUUUCUUUUGGACAAUUUUUAGUAUGACAGUUCAUGCAAUUGUGCUAUGACUUAUGGCCAGGCUAUACACUACUCCUUAUUGCCUAAUUAUUGAGAAAAUUCACAUUCUUUUAUUAGCUUGGGUUUCAUCUCUCAAAUUUUAGAAAGAGGUGUAUAUGCUAAAGCAAGUUUAAUCUUUCUUGAAUAAUGGUUGCAAAAAUUGUUCUUGUUAAGCCUACAAAUGGUAACACAAGAUAUGAUUGAAAGAUAACCAGCGAUUGUUGAAGGGGUGCAAAAUCUAGGAAAACAAUUAUAAAACCUCGUCUCGGGGUAAGAUGUGCAAUAUGUUGCUUGUAGUUUACUUCAGCUUGAUGAGAUGGAACUCUCCAAGCUUUUUUAUUAAACAUGGUUGAAUUACUUACCACAGUUCUGUAAAACCAGUUUUUUGUUUCUCAUACCAGAUGUACUAGAUUUAUUUUCUCUGUCAUGACCUGAAUUAUUUGUUAAGGACAAUGAUGACAUUGAGGAUUAGCAUACAAGUGGUAACACCAGCAUACGUAGGAUUGAAGUUCAUAGCUGGUUGUCAUCCUUUCAGCUGCCUUUUCUAUAACUGCGAUCCUCGUUUACUUAAUCAACAACUUUAUGUCCGCUGUUGCUAGUCCCCGUGGUAAUCUUCAGCUUACUGUUGUUAACCUUGGCAGUGGUGGAAUUCAGCAGUUUUUUCCUUUUGGCCUAAUGGUAAUGCUAGCUACCAUUAGUUACUACUAUACACAUAUAGCAUGGGAAUUGAACUGUAAAUAUCUACUUGUAAAUGUGUUAAGUACUCAUUAGUCAGUGCUAACUUUUCCAAUUGGGUCUGGACAUGAGGAAUUACCCUAUUUGUUAUUGUUGGAUGGUCUUGGUUAUUGUUUUUGGAAAGCAUUGUAUAAUGGACAAUGCAUCUGUCAAUUUUUUUUUUUUUGCAGACUUAUUAUGAAAAUUUAAUCUGAUUAAUCUUUUAUGUUUUACUUAUUAUGAAAAUCAGAAAAAACAAUGGUGUGUGAUUGACGGGUAAAACUGAAUCUCGGUGUACCGUGUACGAUGCUUAAUCUAUUGCUUGUAGUUUACUUCAACUUGAUGAGAUGAAAUUCUCUGAUGAUCAGCAAUUCAAGCUUUUUUCAUUAUUUAGACUUGAGUAUUACCAUAUUCUUAUAUAUGUAGAGAAGCUUUGUUCAACAGUAGCACACUAGUGCACUGCUGUAAUAUAGAGGAGCUAUGUAUUUCCACAUAUUAUAUUGUCCAUAUUGUGGAAUGUGUGUUCUAAAGCAAGUUUAAGCCUACAAGUGGUAACACCAGAUAUGAUUGAAAUUCGUCGCAAAAAUCAUACUUAUCAAACUUGUGUGAAUGGGUAGUUGUGUCUAAAUUGUGGGAUAAUAGUCUCAAAGAAUGUGGAUAGAAGAACACGUGUCUUAUUUAAAUUUCUGGAUUCCCGGAGAUGAUGGACAUGGGUAAGUAAUUGGGGGUACCUUUGAUAGGGCGAUCACUUAAGCGUGUGCAGAGUUUCAGUACCUUAUUGAUCAAGUUUGUUCCAAACUCGUUGCUUGGAAGGUAAAGCAGUUGUCUUUUGCAGGUAGAAUUACACUUGCUAAAUCCGUUAUUGAAGCUAUUCCGGUGUUUCCUAUGAUGUCUGCAGUAAUUCCAAAAGCAUGUCCAAAUGAUAUUCAAAAGAUUCUGAGGGGAUUUAUUUGGGGUGAUGAGGAAGGUAAAAGAAAAUUUCAUGCAGUUAAUUGGAAUACAAUGACUCAACCUAAAAAUGUAGGUGGUUUAGGUAGGCUUAAGGAAUCUUGCUGAUAUGAACACUGUGUGUCUUAUGAAGUUGGGUUGGGAGCUCUGAUCCGGGAAGAACUCACUUUGGUGUUUGUUUCUGCGUGGAAAGUAUGAUAGGGGUAAUGUGACAACAGACGAGGUGAUUACGAAAGUUGGUGAUUCAGCUCUUUGGAAAGCAUUGGUGAAGUUAUGGUCAAAAUUUGAAAGAUAUCAAUAUUGGUCUAUUGGUGAUGUACAUGCAUGGGAAAGUUGUUGGCUUGGAGAAUAUAUGCAUUAUUUACAGCACGCUAGAGUGGCAGACUUGGUGGAGGUGAAUGGUAAUUUGAAUGAAGAGCGAAUUGAAUGGCUUCCUGAUGAUGUGCAACUUCGGAUCUGGGCUGUCCUUCCGGCAAGCGUUGAGUUAGGUGAGGAUCGGUGUAUGUGGCCAGGGACUGGUAAUGACAAUUUUACUGUCGCAAGUGCUUAUCAAUUACUACAAUCUGAUGUAGAUAAUGAGAGUAUGCAUGUUAAUUGGAAGCAUGUGUGGAAGGAAUGUGUGGAAGGAAGAAAGUCAUCAAAGAGUAAGGUGCUUCAUUUGGUUAAAGUGUCAUGGCAAAUUAUUAAUUAAUCAAUUGAAGCAUAGAAAUGUUGACGAAACCAAUUUUCAUUAUUACAAUGAAAUUCGUAAGAAGCUUGAUUUUCUACUCGUCAAGGACGAUCUCUUCUGGAAACAACGAGAUAAAACCUUUUGGUAUCGCAAUGGUGAUCUCAAUACACAGUUCUUUCAUGCUAAUGCAACAACAAGGAAAAAGAAUCAGAUUGUGCAAUUAGAGGACUCACAUGGCAAUGUCUGUAACUCUCCCGAAGGAAUGAAAUUGAUAGCUAAAGACUAUUUCAUGAAUUUAUUCCAGCAACAAAGGGGGAAUGCAAGAUGGUCCUCAACGCGGUUAAUUCAAGUAUCACUCUGGACUCUGGAGGAUAACAAUGCUCUCACUGCCCCUUUUACUAUGGCUGAAUUUAAGGAAGCUAUUUUUUCGAUGGAAGCAGAUAAAUGUUCAGGUCCCGACGGUUUCAAUCCUGGCUUUUAUCAACAUUUUUGGGACCUUUGUGGUCAUGACAUCUUCAAAUCUGGUUGUUCUUGGUUAGAAUGUGGUUCUUUUCCCCCCGAACCUAAAUUCCACAAAUAUUGCACUUAUUCCAAAAGGUGAUUCUCAAAAAACAAUGAAAGAUUAGAGACCAAUCGCGCUGUGCAAUGUUCUUUAGAAAACUGUUACAAAAGUUCUUGCAAAUAGGCUCAAGCUAGUGCUUGAUAAGUGCAUCUCACACAAUCAAUCCCCUUUUGUCUCUGGAAGAUCUAUCCUUGAUAACGCAAUGACAACUAUUGAAAUCAUUCACUUCAUGAAAUCCAAAACCAGAGGUAAGAAGGGGGAAGCAGCUCUCAAACUGGACAUUAGCAAGGCCUAUGAUCACAUGGAUUGGGAUUUCUUGAAAGACAUGAUAAAAAUGGGUUUCUCUCAGAAGUGGAUUGAUUGGAUCAUGCUAUGUGUCGAAACGGUGGAUUACUCUAUUAAUGUCAAUGGCCAUAUGGUUGGGCCAUUGUUCCCUGUAGAGGAUUACGGCAAGGCGAUCCGCUUUCACCGUAUUUGUUCAUCAUCCGUGCAGAAGGACUGUCAGCGCUCAUCAAACAGGCGGAAUAUAGAGGGGAGUUACAUGGUGUCAAGAUUUGUAGGAAUGCUCCGAUAAUUUCCCAUCUCAUGUUUGCAGAUGAUUGCUUUUUGUUCUUCAAAGCAACGGUAACCGGGGCGAAUGCUCUAAAGAACAUUCUCUCUGUUUAUGAAUCAGCUUCUGGUCAAGCUAUCAAUCUCCAAAAGUCAGAAUUUUAUUGUAGUAGAAAUGUCCCAGCACAGGUACGUGAAGCUAUUGCAAAUCAACUCGGUGACACUCAAGUGCUCGGAACUGGUAAAUAUCUAUGAUAGGAAGGAGAAAAAAAGCUACAUUUAAAUGCAUAAAGGAUAGAAUAUGGAGAAAAAAAAUUAACUCUUGGAGUAGCAGACAUCUUUCUCAAGCCGGCAGAGAAGUGAUGAUAAAAUCGAUCUUGCAAUCCAUCCCGACUUAUGUAAUGAGUAUUUUUCUUAUUCCUAAUUGUGAUUUUGUUGAGGCAAAUAUUGGAAAUAAUCCAAGUUAUGUUUGGAGGAGUAUUUGGAACUCUAAGUUUAUUGUCCAAGGAGGCUGCAAGUGGAGCAUUGGAACAGGAGAAAAGAUCAAUAUCUGGGAACAAAAUUGGAUUAAUAAAGGCUUGUCCAUUACUACUCCACCAAACACGCAGAUGCUUGGCAACAUUAUGAAGGUGAAAGAUAUUUUGAUGACAAAUUCAAAGGCAUGGGACAUGGAUAAGAUCAGUAUUCAGUAGCAUAUUUAAUAGCAGCACUGAUAGACAAAUUAUAAAUACUCCCCUCUUUGAAUCUGUGCAUGUUGAUAGAUUAGUUUGGAAAUUUGAACAUAAUGGCAUUUACUCGGUGCACCACGCUUAUAAGUAUUGCGUGAAUAAUGAUGGCAGUCAGCACAAAAUUGGUAUCGUAUGUAAUUGGAACAUUAUUUGGCAAGCUAAAAUUCCACCAAAAGUGAAGAGCCUUCUGUGGAGGAUAGGCUGAAAUGUAUUAACUAUGCGAGAUAGACUGAACAGCCGUGGCGUGCAAUGUCCUUUGCAUUGUGCAAUUUGUAAUGACAGGGUAGAAGAUAGUUUACAUGUGUUGUUCUUAUGUCCGCACAGUAUUGACUUUUGGCAGCAAGCAGGUUUAUUGAACCAUAUCAGUGCAGGCUUGAACAUGAACAGUAACAUUAAGAGUUGUUUAGUGUUAUGGUCUGGAGUAUUUGGAAACGUCGAAAUAAUCAAGUGUGGGACAAUGUUACGGACUCAAACCGGAUUGUGUGUGAACGAGCUCGGCAUUUAAUAACAAGUUGGCGUCAAGCACAACACAUCCGUUCUCACGUAAGUAAUCAACAAUCAGCACCUCAGCAAAUGCAUUGGGUGAAACCUAGUCCCAGAAGGUACAAAUGCAACAUUGAUGCUUCUUUCUCUCCUAUAUAGCAACAAGGUAGGAAUUGGUAUGUGCAUAAGAGAUGCUCAUGGAAGUUUUAUGAAUGCAAGAAUCGAAUGGAUUCUUGAUGAGAGCUUUGAGGUGGGUGGAUGAAUUGCAAAUAAGAGACAUGGAUUUUGAAAUGGAUCAUAAAGGAGUAGUAGACGGUCUCCACAGUAGCAGAAUUGACAACUAUGAUCUUGGCGAUAUCUUAGGAGAUUGAAGGACUAUUCUAGCUACAAAUCUUGUGAACUCUCAUGUAAGGUUCAUUAGGAGACAAGCGAAUGAAGUCGCCCAUAGGCUUGCUCGGAUGGCUAGAUCUCUAGCUAGUUUCCAUAAUUUUAUUGAUAUUAUUUCAACAUGUAUUUCUGAUAUUAUAUUGAAUGAAAUGAGAUAAGCCAUUUACGGUGAAAAAAAAAUAAUUGAAGCAUAGAAUGAAAUUAGGAGAACUUUACUGUCACAAAUGUGUGCGCUACAGGUUGAAGCUAUUCUACAUGUGAUGAGAGAUUUCCCUUUGGCAAUGGUUCUUUGGAUGCAUGUGCCUAUGAAUUUAAGGACUGGUUUUUUCAAUAGUAAUUUGCAUCAAUGGAUUGAGCUCAAUCUAAAUUGCAGUACCGAAGUUGACAACAUUAUCAAGAAUAUUGGCAAGCUGUAAAAAAUUAUGCUAUCUUACAUAACAGAAGUAGAUGUCAGGUUCAGGUAUGGUGGAUUCCUCCUUCGACGGUUGGGUCAUGCUUAACACUGACGGGGCAAGUAAGUAUAGGUCUGAUACACGAAACUGAUGGUGAAUGGCUUGGUGGAUUCUCUAAAAAUAUUGGUAUUUGCAAUGCUUCAUAGCCGAGUUGUGGGGUAUUUUGGAAAGUUUGAGACUGGCGAGAGCUGGAGGAUUAAGUAAUAUUGAGUUUUGUGUUGAUUUGGAAGCAGUUAUUCUAUGCAUUACUAAUACGGGAGGUGGUACUAUGUUUAGUUGUCGUCUCGUUAAAAAAAUUCGACAGAUGUUGCAACUUAAUUGGGAAAUCAAAAUGAGACAUGUUAAUCGCAAAGACAAUUUUUGGGCGGACGGUCUUGCAACUUUGAGGAUUGAUGCAAAGGAGGAGUUCACUGUCUUUGAUGUGUGUCAUGAGCAAAUCAUGCAGUUCUAUAAUGUUGCUAUAGCGGGAGUUUCGACCGCGCGUUUAGUUGUUUUAGGAACCUGAUGUCUUAGGAAAAUUGG